CGCCGCUCCAGGCAGAGGCGGUGGAUGACGCCAUCGGGGCGCGCCGCGAGAAGGUCACAGGGGCUCUUCCAACAUGGCGGCAGCGGCGGCGCUGCGGGGAGGCUGGUGCCGCUGCCCGCGGAGAUGCCUCGGCAGUGGAGUCCAGUUUCUGUCCAGCCACAACCUAGUGCCACUACCCCAGGGUACCUAUCAGGUACGCCGGCCGGGUGGACAGCUGCCUCUGUCCAGAUCCUAUUCUUCUGGAAACAGGAAAGGCUUUCUCUCCGGCUUGCUAGAUAAUAUCAAACAAGAAUUAGCCAAAAACAAAGAAAUGAAAGAAAGUAUAAAAAAAUUCCGAGAUGAGGCCAGGAAGUUGGAAGAGUCCGAUGCGCUCCAGGAAGCCAGAAGGAAAUAUAAAACCAUCGAAUCCGAAACGGUGCGGACGAGCGAGGUGAUCAAGAAGAAGCUCGGGGAGCUCACGGGCACUGUGAAGGAGAGUCUUGACGAAGUCAGUAGAAGUGACUUUGGCCGGAAAAUCAAAGAGGGUGUGGAAGAAGCUGCGAAGACCGCGAAGCAGUCGGCCAAGUCGGUGUCCAGGGGCAGCGAGAAGCUGGGCAGGACCGCCGCCUUCAAGGCCCUCUCCCAGGGCGUGGAGUCUGUGAAGAAGGAGAUUGAUGAGAGCGUUCUUGGGCAGACUGGGCCCUACCGGAGGCCCGAGCGGCUCAGGAAAAGGAAAGAGUUUGCAGGAGAGAAAUUCAAAGAAGAGAAAGUGUUUGAGCCCAACGAGGAGGCUCUGGGGGUCGUGCUGCACAAGGACUCCAAGUGGCAUCAGCAGUGGAAAGACUUCAGGGACAACAACGUGGUGUUCAACCGGUUCUUUGAGAUGAAGAUGAGGUACGACGAAAGCGACAACGCGCUCAUCCGGGCCUCCCGGGCGCUGACAGACAAGGUCACGGACUUGCUGGGGGGCCUGUUCUCGAAGACGGAGAUGUCGGAGGUGCUCACGGAGAUCCUGCGGGUGGACCCCGCCUUCGACAAGGACCGCUUCCUGCAGCAGUGCGAGAACGACAUCAUCCCCAACGUCCUGGAGGCCAUGAUUUCUGGAGAGCUCGAUAUUCUCAAAGACUGGUGCUAUGAGGCUACCUACAGCCAGCUGGCCCACCCGAUCCAGCAGGCCAAGGCGCUGGGCCUCCAGUUCCACUCCCGCAUCCUGGACAUCGACAACAUUGACCUGGCCAUGGGCAAGAUGAUGGAGCAGGGCCCCGUGCUGAUCAUCACCUUCCAGGCCCAGCUGGUGAUGGUUGUCAAGAACCCCAAAGGCGAGGUGGUGGAGGGCGACCCGGACAAGGUGCUGCGCAUGCUGUACGUGUGGGCGCUCUGCCGGGACCAGGACGAGCUCAAUCCCUACGCGGCCUGGCGGCUGCUGGACAUCUCCGCCUCCAGUACAGAGCAGAUCCUCUGACGCGCCCGCGCUCCGGGGCCGGAUCAGCCCGUGGCGGACGCACAGGGGUGCCGCCGUCCACCUGCAGCCCCUGGACCUCUGAGGACCCGACUGUCGGCUCGCCCUGCUCCCUCCCGGCUGGAUGGGGAGGGGGUGCUGCUGAGGGCUGCUCCCCCAGUGCCAGCUGCUGUGCUGCCCUCUGACCUGCGAGGCUGCUGGCCAGCAGGUCACCAAGGAGCACAGGCGAGACAGUGCCAAGAGGCCCGGCCCCGGACUCCCUCGGGGGCAGGGUGGUGGGCCCAGGCCCGCCUCGGUGUGGCCUGCCUGCGGCCAGUCAGCCAGGCCGUUUUAGCUCCAUGUUUUCACUAGUGCCCUUACGGUCAUCCUGUACCUACCCGGAGAUAUGGAAAUAAGAAUAAAAUGGCAACGUGCAGGAGA